AUGCUAAAAACAAUAGGUUUGAAUUCAUUAAAAACGUCGUCUAGAUUCGUAAGACUCUCUACGUGUCGUACUCUGGCUGUAACAACAAGAAGGUUGAACACUCAACAAACAAAAACUACCAUUAAUAAUGAGAAACCAAUGAGAAUUGAUAGGGAACUACCUGACCCUAGAGCUGACAGAAAGAAACAAUGGGCAGGAUUUGCUGCCUUCUCAAUUGCAGUAGGAUCAGCUUUGGCUAUCAUAUUCAACUACGAAAAGACAGAAAAUCCAAUCAUUUCUGAUACACUAUAUCAGUUACGUAAAUCUGCCACUACAAAGGAAUGGUUAGGUGAGAAUAUUGAGUUUGAUGGUAUCAUUCCUUGGGUGUAUGGCAAAUUGAAUCCUGUUGCAGGGAUCAUUAAUAUCACGUUUUAUAUUAAAGGUAACAAGAAUCAAUCAGGUAUGGUUAGAUUGGUCGCAGAUAGAGAGAAUCGUCAUGAUGAAUUUUUGAUUCAUGAAUGGAGUCUAACUGUUAAUGAUAAGAAGUUCGAUCUGUUAAGCGAAAGUUCUUCAAAGACUUUGAAUCACAAUUAA